CAAAACCUGUAUUUAUUCCAAACUGAAUCCUGCGUUGGAGAACAGAACUCGAGGGAGAAGUCUUUUUACGCACAGAAGUCAUGCUACUGUUGCGCCGUUUGGACUGAUUUUACACAUCUCCUGGGGAAUGGGAAAGUGAAGGAGCGUGUGGGAAGUGUGACCUGCUUUAAUAACAGCUCAGUGGAAGUGAUUUCGCAAAUGCAAUAAUUAAAGAGGACCAAAUAUAGUUGUUUUAUUUUUGUAAAUGGAGCUGCGUAAAUACCUGUUGUGCCUGGAGUUUAUCCUCCUUCUCAAAGAGUUGUGCCACUGUUUCAACAUUGACGUAAAGAAUCCUCGCAUUUUCUCGGGACCAGAAGACGCUCUGUUCGGCUUUUCAGUUUUACAACAUGAAGCAGACGGAGAGAAAUCAAUGCUUGUCGGAGCCCCCUGGGACGGUCCACCCAACAACAGAAAAGGAGAUGUGUACAAAUGUAUCGUGGGAGAAGAGAGGAAUUCAAACUGCAGCAAAGUCUAUUUAGGUGAAAGUGCUCUUCAAAAUGUCUCUAAGAAUCUGAGGAAUUCGCACUUGGGAAUGACCCUGACACCGGACUCACCCGACGGCUUCCUGGCGUGUGCCCCGCUGUGGUCCCAGGAAUGUGGCACAUCCAUGUUCAGCACUGGCAUCUGCGCCUCUGUCAGCGACGACCUUCAGCCCCGAGAGACCAUCGCCCCGACUGCACAAAGAUGCUCCACGUACAUGGACAUAGUGAUUGUUUUGGAUGGGUCCAACAGUAUCUACCCCUGGUACGAGGUCCAGAACUUCCUCAGCAACAUCCUCAGCAAAUUUCACAUCAGCCCCGACCAAAUGCAGGUGGGGAUCCUGCAGUACGGCGAGGUGGCUCUUCACGAGUGGUCACUGAAGGACUACCAGACUACACAGGAGGUGGUGGAGGCUGCCAAAAACAUCAGCCGCCAGGAGGGACGAGAGACGCGCACCGCAUAUGCCAUCCACAUGGCCUGCACAGAGGCAUUCAGUGCAGAGCGAGGGGCCCGUGAAGGAGCCACUAAAGUGAUGAUCGUUGUGACCGAUGGAGAGUCUCACGAUGGCGAGGAACUGCCCGACGCCCUGGAGGAGUGCAACAGCCGAAACAUCACCAGAUACGCCAUCGCUGUUCUGGGACAUUACAUCCGUCGGCAGCAGGACCCCGAGACCUUUAUCAGCGAGAUCAAAUACAUCGCCAGUGAUCCAGACGACAAAUACUUCUUCAAUGUGACAGAUGAAGCUGCUCUAAACGACAUCGUGGACGCACUGGGAGACCGCAUCUUUACACUGGAAGGUACACUGGGGUACAACCAGAGCUCCUUUCACAUGGAGAUGUCUCAGAUCGGCUUUUCCACACACACUCUGGAUGAUGGUAUUCUGUUCGGGAUGGUGGGAGCCUAUGACUGGGAUGGGGGAGUGCUGAAGGAGGGGGUAAACGGACGCAUCAUGCCCCCCAGAGAAGCCUUCGAGAGCGAGUUUCCACUGGAGCUUAAAAACCACGCCGCUUAUUUGGGAUACACUGUCUCGUCUGUGAUGGUGGGCGACUGGAGGAGGCUGUACGUCGCUGGAGCCCCCAGAUUCAAACAUAAAGGAAAAGUCAUUCUGUUCGAGCUCAGUGAAGAUGGAGAUGUCAAUAUUGUACAAGCACUCAAUGGAGAGCAGAUUGGCUCAUACUACGGCAGUGAGGUGUGUGGGCUGGACAUCGACCAGGACGGGAUCACGGAUGUUCUUCUGGUGGCCGCUCCCAUGUACCUGGGCUCUGGGAACAAAGAGGCCGGAAAAGUCUACAUCUACACACUAAGUGGAGAGGAGGUGUUCGUGGCCAAUGGGACUCUGAACGCUGAGGACCGCUCUCAGGAUGCCAGGUUCGGUUACGCUCUGGCCCCUGCUCCAGACCUGAACCAUGACAACUUCACAGACCUGCUGGUGGGAGCCCCUCUGGAGGACGACCACAGUGGGGCUAUCUAUGUGUUUCAUGGGCGUGGAAUUUACAUAGAACACAAUUAUAAACAGCGUAUUGCAGCGUCAGCGAUUUCCCCCUCUCUUCAGUAUUUUGGCCGUAGCAUCAGUGCCCGGUUGGACUUGGACGGAGACGAGUUGAUAGACUUGGCUGUGGGUGCACAGGGCAGCGCUGUUCUGCUGAGCUCCCGGAGCAUUGUCCAGAUCAAUGUGAGCCUGUCCUUCCAGCCACAUUCGAUCAAUGUCAUCCAGAAGACGUGCCAGCGGGGGGGCAGGGACUCGGCCUGUCUCAACGCUACAGCCUGUUUCAUUGCUGUCUCUCGCUCGCCCGGACCUCAGAGCAAUAACUUUGACUUGUGGAUCAGUGCGAUGUUGGAUGACAGGAAGUUGUCAGCUCGAGCCUUGUUUGACGACAGCUCCAACAGACAAACACAGCGCUCAGUCAGAGUCCAGACAGGAGAGGAGCGCUGCUACAAGCUGCCUUUCCAUGUCUAUGACACUGCAGAUUACAUUCGUCCAAUCAGCUUCACUCUGCGCUUCAAGAUCAACGACACAGAGAGCGGCCCUGUUCUGGAUGAAGGCUGGCCCACUACUCUCAAGAAACAUAUCCCAUUCUUUAAAGACUGUGGCGAGGACGACGUUUGCACGACAGAUCUGGUGCUGAAUGCAAAAAUGGACAUCUCUGGAACAAAACAGAAGCCUUACUUGAUCCGCAGCCCUCGCAGACGUCUGGCAGUGGAGGUGCAGCUGGAGAACAGACUGGAGAACGCCUACAACACCAGUCUGACUCUGCACUAUUCACGCAACCUGCACUUCUCCAGCCUCAGCAUCAGGGAGGAUGCUUUUCUGAAAAUUGAGUGUACGGCUCUAACAUCCAACAGCCACUCCUGUAAUGUCAGUUACCCAGUGUUUCGCUCCCAGUCAAAGGUCAAUUUCAUGUUGGAGUUUGAGUUCAGCUGCACGUCGCUGCACAGUCGUGUUCAGAUGAAACUUUAUGCCUCCAGUGACAGUGUAGAAAAGGAAGAAACUUUGGGAGACAACAGUGUUCAGCUGCUGAGUUUUGUCCAGUAUGAACCAGACCUGUUUGUCAGCAGUGAUUCAAACUUGAACCGCUAUGAGGUCUACCCCACGCGGUCUGUGUCUGAAGCCAUUGGGCCAGAGUUCUUCACACAUCUCAGGGUACAAAAUCUGGGUUGUUAUUCUGUGAGUAACUUGGAGUUGAAGCUGCUUCUUCCGUCAGUGGCAGCAGAGGACAGAGUUUUUAUGACCGUCACCGAUGUCUCCUCUUACAACGCCACAGGAGUAAACUGCAGUGUCCUCAGUCACUUGGCUCAGCUCAAAGCCAGACAGAGAGACGUGCGGCCACUUCACCCAGAGGAUAUGGUUCAAAAUGACGUACUGAACUGCAGCCGGUCGUGGUGCACUGAAGUCACAUGUGAAGUCCAACAGCUUUUGAGAGGACAGGCUGCAGUCAUUCGAGUCAGUCGCAGAGUUCACGAUGACUUCUUCAGAAAUGCAAAGUACAAAUCGGUGAGGAUAAUAGGAGCCUACAACGUGGCUGCUCAGGAAACUAACCUCAUCACGCUGGGCACAGGAACAGUCUGGAGAGAGACUGUUCUGGAGGUGCUGAAGGGGAGAGCGAUUCCCAUCUCCCUGUGGAUACUGAUCGGAAGCAUCAUUGGAGGUUUACUACUACUGGCACUGAUCACAUUUAUACUAUGGAAGCUGGGAUUCUUUACACGAAAACAAAGAGAAGAAGAAGAUGAAAACCAUGAGGACUGAAUCUCGCUGUAGACUUUAUUUGUUGCACACGAUGAAUCUGACUCCACGGCUGCAGAGAGACAGGACGCCCUGACACAGGACUGCACAGGGCCAGACCAAACACAGCAGCAGGAGAGUUUACAACCAAUGCACAACCCCAUUUUGGAAGGGUUAGGGGCACUUAAUGUAAAUACACUUUUGUAAUUUUGAGGAGAAAUAAACUUGUAAUAAACAAUUUCACUUUUUUAUUUAAUACA